CUCUCUUCAUCUUCUUGCAAGGCCAUACCCGUCUUCUUUUUCGCCAAACAUGGCUGCCAUCUUGCCUGUUAGUGAUAACAGUGAAGACUUUGCUGUCAUUUUCCCACAUGUUGAAUAUUUCAGACUUGAGUCUCGCGAACAUUACACACUCCACAUAUAUCGAUCUGACACGAAUGAUUGGCACUCUCAGGUCGCUUGUAUCGCUGAGGAUAAUGAGACAAGGAAUGCCAGGGAUAAGCUAUUGCUUCAUAAUACCAUGAGCGUGGCAUAUGCAGAAAAGGGUAUCAUAGGUUGGAUUGAUCUCUGGUGGGGAAUUCUCUUAUGCAAUGUUUUGGAUAAAAAGCCUACCAUCCGUUUUGUUCCGUUGCCAGUUCCGGAACCGUGUGAUACGUCCGAGUUCCAUUUGAUGUUUGAGAAUCUCACUCCAAGACCACACCGUCAUGUGACGAUAUUCAAUGAUUUGAUCAAGUGUGUUGAGUUAGAUUUUCAUGUGCAAGAUGCUUUCUUCAACAUGAAGCGAGCAAAGGAUUAUGGCUGGAUGGCUAAAACAUGGACUAGAUCAAUUUAUUCAGAUGUUUGGUGUGAUGGCUUGACGAUUGAUACGUCUGAGAUAUCUUUCACCGACUCAAGUUUGCCGAAUUUGUUGCCUGGGAUGUUUGAUGAGGAAAACAAUUUGACUUGGAAGAAAUUGACUAGUGCUGGUCCUACAUUAAGCUUGCUUGAUGACAAUGUUAUUUACAUUAUGGCGAACGAGAGCAUGUGCCAUCCGACAGCAUAUGUACUUACUGUGGACACCAAAAGUUUGAAGCUCGAGUCUGGUGCGCAGUGUGCUCCUCAAAAGACGGCGUGGUUCGAACCAACAUAUGAACCGUGUGUUCUUUUUAGCUCUUUUGGCACGACUUCAGGUACUCGUCCCUAAUAAAUUUACGGAGUUAACAAAAAAUUGUAAUAACCGGAAAAGCACUAGUUAAUAUGAGUUGGUUAAAGAAUUUGAAACCAAAGGGACAAUAUUUGAAAUCAAGGAAGGGCCGGUGCUCUCGGUGGUGUCGAAGCGUCUCCGUGUGCUGCGGAAGAAGCAGAAUCGCAUCGCGCAGAUGGAGGAGUCCGUCGCUGCCGGCAAGAUGCUUAACCAGGAGCAGAAGGAGCUCAUGCACUCCAAGCCCGUCAUCGCCGCGCUCAUUGACGAGCUUGAGCGCCUCCGCGUACCACUCUCCACUGCUCUCACCAAGGAGCUCUCCACCGUCCCUGCACCUGCUGCCGGUUCCUCAUCCUUUGGCUCCGAUUUGUCCAUCCAGGACCUCCUCGCGCUCAUCUACUUCGGCUCCCUUUUUUAUGUCAAGUCACCGAACGAGUUCAUCGCCACCAUGGUUGCGCGCAAGAACGAACGGAGCAGCUGCAUCACCCACGGCUACGUAUGGGAUGAUACCGUGGACCUGCUCGUGGAGAACGACCUUGACGCAGUGUCUGCUGUGGCGGCCCUUGCCGCGGCUCGCCCUUCUUCCGCAGAUGGUGUCUCCCACCAUGACGCACUCCAGGCCUGUGCCCAUCAUGCCCGCCUAUGGCUAACCCGUGCUGAUGCGCCGAUCCACCCUGGCUCCUCUGUUACAUAUGCUGCGGUGAGGUCCAAGUUAGACAGGAUCAUGGCAUCAGACUACUACACAGCACCUGCAGUUGCUGGGAACCAUGGAGCUGAAGGUCUGCAGGCACAGAUGAGCAUGACCGACUCACCAGAGGCACCAUCACUCAAGGAGACCCUAGCUGCUGAAAAUCACAAGGAGGACGAGGAAGAUUCCUCGCAUGCCACAGAAAUCGACAAUGAUCAUCAGUCUAAUGCAGCCGAUGUGCAAAAUGUGGAUGGUAAAACCCUGGUGAACCCUCGUGUGGAAUAUCGCGUGGCUGAGGCAGAGCAGGAGAAAUUUGAUGUGAAAGAACAAGAUCAGAUGUAUGCCGAGCCAAAAAAGCGACAGUUUCAGCACCCUCGGCAAUCUUGUCAGAAUCAGCGAGGUGGUGAUCGUGGCUGGAGGGGGGCCUACCCUAAUGGCCGCAGCGGGCAUGGAGGCGGCCGUGGCAUGGGCAGCAGACACGAGAAUGGGCGUGGAGGUGGUGGUGGUGGCGGCCGUGGCAUGGGCAGUGGAUACGAGAAUGGGCGUGGAGGUGGUGGUGGUGGUGGUGGCUGUGGCAUGGGCAGCGGAUACGAAAAUGGGUGUGGAGGUGGUGGUGGAUACCAGAAUGACCGGGGUUGUGGUGGCGGAUACCAGAAUGGCCGGGAUGGUGGUGGCAGCAGCGGGUAUCAGAACAGCCGGGGUGGUGGUGGCGGUGGCGGGUACCAGAACAGCCGGGGUGGUGGUGGCAGCGGCGGGUACCAGAAUAGCCGGGGUGGUGGUGGUGGCGGCGGGUACUACAACAACGACGAUGGGUACUACCAGCCGAGGAACUUGAACAACAGGGGCAGGGGCGCAGGGAGGUGGCCACGCGGACACCGAGAGGAUUGAGGCAAUGGCAUAUGUGGAAGUCUGGGAGGUCAGGAGAGGGAAGGGGCAAUGUGAAAGUCUGGGAGCCAUUUUGUUAUUAUAGAACUACGGAGUAUGUAAUAACCUAGCCUGUGGGUAUGUCGCAAUCCAGUCCCUCCCCAUCUGCGAGUUUUUUUGUUGCUCCAAUGAGUGCAUAAUGGUUGGUUGGUAAAUGUGGAAUCUCGUUGAAAGUAGCUUCAGGUCAUACAUGUGUUGCUUCUUUUUCUGGCUGUGUGAGUUGUCAUAUAUUUCCGGUUGGUUUAUUAUUUUUGUUAGAUGUCUUUCUACGUCAUUCCUGUUCA